UAUUAUCUCCUAAUUUUUGCUGUAUUUACAUUUCAUUGUCAUAAUCAAAUGUAGUCAUUAAUUGAUCUGUGUUCAAAGUAAAAUAGCUGUAUCGAAAGAACUCUUUUUUUAAUACACUAUCAUUUUUUAUCAUUUUCUUUAUAUAGAUGUAAAAUUAAAAAUUAUGGAUGUCCAAUGGUUAAAGUCACCACCAAGCUUAAAUAAAGGUAUCAACAUUAUUAACAAGUUUGAAGAAAUAAAAUUUGAGCAAUUUCUCCGUAGAAUUGUUGCAAAAUUUAAACUUCAGGACACAGAAAUAUUUACUGAAGAUGAAAGACAAAAAUUAGAAAAGAUAUUUAAUGUUAACGAAGAGAACUUAUUUCUUGCUAUUAAAUCCAUUUUGUACAUAUAUAAGAAAAUGUUAAAGUAUAUUUUUAUGCCAAUUAAUUUAAAGACCAAUUUAACUUCAAUUGGAUUAAGUAAUGAAAAAGCAGACAUUAUUGUGAAAGUUUGGUCUUCUGAUACUAGAACAACUUUGACUAAUCUGGGUUCAGAAUCAAUUGAUUGUAAUGAAGAUGCAAUAAAUUUUUCAUGGAAACUUAAUGUUGAGCUAAGCUCUGGUUAUCGUAAAAAAUGUAAGGUACCAAAAUCUUACAUAUCAUUAUCAGGAAUAAAAACAGAUACAGAAAUUGAAUUUACACAUUCUGAACUUUAUUCAAUGUUCUUACAACUUGAAUCUAUUCAAAAUGAAUUAGAUAAUUUGAUUUAAAGUGUGCUGUCACUAUUUUAAAAAUAACAUAUGAAACUAAAAUAUAAAAUUAAAAAUAAAUAAAAUUGUCAAAUAUUUAAGGCUCAGGAAACAUCAAUAAUUAGAUACAUUUUAUAAUUAAUCUGAUUGUUGAUAUUUUUGCUUAAAUAUAAAGUUAUUUAUAUAUUAUAUAAAGUACUUUCUGUUGGACUUAUUAAAUUUGAAUUUAGAUGAUUUAUAAUUUAUUAUGACAAAAUAUUAUGGAAUAAGAGCCCAUAUUUUUUUCAUUACAAAUUGUAUAAAAUGUAAUAAGAUCCCUAGCUCAGUAAUAUUCAAUUAAUUCUAUAAAUAUCACAAGUGUGUAGCUUUGUAUUUGAAAAUCUAAGUAUUCAUUCUUCCACAUAUACCAAUUGUCUAGGUCAGCGAUUUCUAAAGUGGGUUCAACAGUACCUAGGAGUUCCAUAAAAAAAUUACCAGGAUUCCACGGAAAUAUUUGUGCAGUGAAACAAUUUCAUUCUUCACAUUAAAGGAAACUAUAAAGUGUUAUACUUUUAAAAUAUUUCUAAUAAAACCUUUUUAUUAUUUAAAA